CCUGCCCCGACUGAACUACACGUCCCAGAAGGCGCCACGAGCACGCUCACGGCGCUGUCUGGGGCGUGAUGACGAAGGUAGUUGCCAUGGAGUUGCGCGGAGUAACCCUCAGGUAGUGGGACGCUGAGGCCGGAGGGGAACAAUCCCUGAACCCAAUGGAAUGAAUCCCUAAUGGUGGAGUUUCAGGCUUCAGUGACAGGCUGAACCCAGACUCCCAGGGCCCAUGCUUCCACCUGAUGAAUGAUGGCCUGAACUAUGAGCAAACGGGACUAUAUGAACACUUCGGUGCAGGAGCCUCCUCUUGACUACUCCUUCAAAAGCAUCCACGUGAUCCAAGAUCUGGUAAGCGAGGAGCCAAGGACAGGUCUACGACCAGUGAAGCACUCAAAGUCAGGAAAAUCACUGACCCAGUCCCUGUGGCUCAACAACAAUGUCCUCAACGACCUGAAAGACUUCAGCCAGGUGGUUACACAGCUUCUGCAGCACCCAGAGAACCUGGCCUGGAUCGACCUCUCCUUCAAUGACCUGACUUCCAUUGACCCUGUCCUAACAACAUUCUUCAACCUAAGUGUCCUCUACCUUCAUGGCAACAGCAUCCACCGCCUAGGGGAGGUGAACAAGCUAUCUGUCCUCCCUCGUCUCCGGAGCCUGACCCUCCAUGGGAACCCCAUUGAGGAAGAAAAGGGGUAUAGGCAGUAUGUGCUAUGCAACCUGCCCCGCAUCACCACGUUCGACUUCAGUGGAAUCACCAAGGCAGACCGCACCACAGCCGAAGUCUGGAAACGCAUGAACAUCAAGCCCAAGAAGGUCCGGAUCAAGCAGGAUGUACUCUGAAAUUCACAGGACCCCAGCACACCUAAUGCCCUGAGGAUGAUCAGCUUGGUUUGACAAUAAAUGAUUUAAGCUGUUCAGCAAAUUCAA